CAUACUCCGCUAGAAGCGUCAACGCUGCGCGCCGUAAACGCACAGGAUGUAGUUUCUUUUGUGUCAUCUCCUGCACGCCGUACGGAGCGAAAGUACAUGUGAUUUGACCGAGUACUACAUUAAACAGACUUGUCCUGUUUGGAGAAACUAUGUGCUGGUGAUCCAGGGACUUUGAUAUCAUGGACAGUGACUGCUUAUCUUUGCUGCCAGCGGUCUGCCUGGUCCUGGCCGACCCAAAGCAGUCUCCACCUGAUGACACCUCUUUAGAGAAGCUGCUUGAUUGGUUCAAAGAGCUGCACAGCCAAAGUAAUGGACAGGUGCUUUUGCAGCAUCAGCCGUGCCAGCCGUGCCUCUUGGAGUUCAUUUCCAGUGUUUGUACGUCUAAAACGACAGAUCCUGCUAUCUUGUCUUUCACCAUCAAACUGACUGGACUUCUGGCUGCCACAACGCAGGGGUUCCACUUGCUUGAUGAGGGAGGUCUUUUGGUGUAUGUGUUUGAGCGGGAAGCCUGGGGUGUGUGUGAUCUCUGGGAGGAUGCCUCGGUUCGCAGUGGCUGGCUGCAGGGACUGUUGGACAUGCUGAAACACCAGCAAGCCUUGGGCUUCAUAUGUGGAAAUGGACUCAUCAAAGUGAUUCUCCAGCUGCAGAACGACAGGAGUCUGUUUGUUGCCUGUUUGGCUAAUCAGCUUCUAGUGCAUAUCCUAAAUUUCCUCACGUCAUCAAACAUGACGAGCGGCAGUGAUGUUGUGGGAUCAAGUGAAUCAUCGUUGAGGCCUGAUUGGGUCUCGGUCUCCUCUGAGAUUAUGAAUGCUGUGGUUGAGGCGUUGAGCUCAGAGGAUUGUCCUCAGGUCCUCCAGGGCUUACGGCUUCUGUCACUGGUUCUCUCUCAGUGUGGAGAGCCUAUCUUAAGCACACUGUGGAAAGAUGUGCUAGUACCCCUGGAAGUCUUGGUCAACAGGGGGUCUGAAUCAUUGAUUCAGACUCUGAUAACUGUUCUAGAAGCUGCUUUGGGGACACCUCUGCUCAACCAAUCGGAGUAUAAAGUGGAGGAGUUAUUAGAAGCCAUGUUGGGUGAUGGAAACAGAAAGGAGUGUUUUCAGUGUGCGGCAUUAAUUGUUAAGCUGGAGAAAUGUCCUGAGGUUUUAAAGAGGAAGGCUAUGGAUAUCAUCUUGCUUCCCCUGCAGUGUGUGUCAACACAGCCUCAAGCAGAAAAGGAAAUGAAUGUAGUCCUGAAGGAACAGCUAUCCCAGAAAGCCUCAUGCAUUUCCCUCCUCAUGCAGAGUUUAUCAAGCCUAGCUCAGCUGGCACACACAAAAUACCUCUUUGAAGAUAUUUCCAUUCACUCGAUCACCAGUUCUGUGGUGUUGCUUCUGAGGAUGUGCUCUGGGCAUCGCCCCUCCUCUUUGCUUCAUAUUAAUGCAUUCACUCACCUGAUUGGCUGCUGCAAGGUUCAGAGGUGUGGCCUGGAUACAUUAGGUGCACUCAGUGUAUAUGAAGAAAAACUGGAUUUAAGGAAGGACAUAUUUGGUGUCCUCUUGGACUAUUUGCAGAGUCCAGAUUCACAUGCCACAGUCUUGAAGAAAACAUUUCAGGCCGUUAAGAGGUGGAUUGUGUGUUCGCCUUUCCCUGAUCUCCUGCAGUUUAUCAGCCAUGACCUCUUUCCUGUAUUGGAGAAACGGAUGUGUGAUUUGCGAUGGGAAGUGAGAGACUCCACACUAGAGUUCAUCACCCAGCUGACUGCUGCCCUCAACGGUAACAGUGGUUUCUCUGAAGCUCUCCACACCAGUGGUGUGGUCUCUGUUCUCCUUUCUUCAUUGGCAGAUGCAGAAGGCUAUGUCAGAGCUAGUGCUGUGACUGCUGUCGGGGAGGCAGUUACUGCAUCUUUAUAUCAGACUGUGCUUGUGAGCAAUAGCAAACUUCUGGAGGAGGCUUUGGUGCAGAUGAUGGCCAUUCUCUCUCAGGACACAGAGGGCUUUCCUCGUAGAGCAGUGGUCCAAGCUUUCACAUCAUGGCUGAAAGGAUCACACCUCAUAACGGCCUUGGAGUCGUCCCUGAGCUCCGUCCUGUCACUGGGAGGCAGCGAUUUUGACUGGGAAGUGAAAAUGCACACACUGGAGCUAGCAGAAGUGUUGAUGGAGAAGACAUUGACCUGCUGUCCGUACGCAGUCCAGAACUUCGGUUCCUCUGAAGAGACGCGCUUUACGCAAGCCUUGAUCAAGCUUAAAGAUUUUGGGCUGUUUGACUUGCUGUUUAACAGCUUGUUUGACUGUGACAGACCAGUGUGUGAGAAAGCCUGUGCACUCUUGGUCAAACUCAGAACACUUACAGCUGAGACCGCAGAUUUGGAUCACAGCGUUCUUGUCUUAAAUGUAUGUGGGAACAGAUGGGGGGAUGAGGUGCAGAGAAGAUACCUCAACAAACAACAGGCCAAAGCAUCUGGGUGUGUGACAAAUGGAGUUACAGGAUCUGAUGAGGGAACGGACUGUGAUUUACACUGCUCCAAAGACAUUAGCCUACCCAAGAUACUGCAGAUUCUAGAUCUAGAUGACAUGCAGAGGAUGUUGACAUUAAGUAGUGAUCAUGUUGUGAAUUCGCCCCGAUCGCUAAUGGAGGACAUUCUUUCAGCAGCCCAGCAGAAUGAAGAGAAUAUAGUGGAUUGCUAUUGAGAAUAUACCGUGUAACCGUUUGAGACCUUUUUUACGGUUUAAUAAAGGAAGAUGUACAGUCUCAAAUUAAAUUACAUUUUUCCA